GACUAACCCGCCCUCUCCCAUUCACACACAGUCUGACCAUGACUAACCCGCCCUGUCCCAUUCACACACAGUCUGACCAUGACUAACCCGCCCUGUCCCAUUCACACACAGUCUGACCAUGAUUAACCCGCCCUGUCCCAUUCACACACAGUCUGACCAUGAUUAACCCGCCCUGUCCCAUUCACACACAGCACACAGCUCACUCACACUCUUUUCUGGCCCCUGUAUCUUUAAAAUUUCCUUGGUCCCAACCAUCGCUUGUACGGGAUUGGUCUAAACUGUGGACUGUGGACCUAUCAGAGAUGGCCCUGGAAGCCCCGCCCCUCUGUGAGAGUCUCAGGCUCUCUCAGUGAGCAGCUCUGGGAGAGCAGGAUGCAGAGCUCGGCGAGGCGGAGACAGCAUGUGCCCACUCCGGGACUCCCGGCCAGGUAACAACAACAACAACAACCACCACCACCACAGCACGGGGAACACCAUCCUCCAUGGCCACCACCCCUGGUAUAAUGGGAGUGCCAGCAUUGCCGUAGUAGGAGGAAGUGCUCUGUCUGUGUCUCUAUGGACAGACAUGUAAUAUAUCAUGUGUGUGUUACAUGCAAUCCCAGGGCUGAUUUGUCAGCAAUUCCAAGUGAAUAUAAAAGUUUAGGCCAAAGUAGCCAAAUUGGGAGAAACCUUUUCAAGUCAGCAAUGUUUCCAGUUUUGGCCUAAAUUCUUGUAUUCAUUUUGACUUCCCAGUUCUGCAGAUAUCCCAAUUGAAGAGCACAGUUGUUCCAGUUCUUUAUUGUGUAAAAACUUGCAUCUCAGUAUUGUAAUAACAGGAAACACAUAGCAGAACUGGACCCAAGUCAUGUCCAACAUGGAUAAAGUGCCAGUGAGCAUUACAUGCGUCUAGUUGCACAAUGUGUGGUUUUUCACACAAUUAAGAACUGGAAUAACUGUAUUUGCGAAUGUGACUUCCUGGUGAAUGUUUAGCAAACCUUCCCUUAUGUUUAUCUUUGUAAUCAUAAGAAAGUGUCUUGCACUCAUUCACUUCUAGUAGCUAAGGUUGGUGUUCUCACCAACAGGAGUUGGCAGAUCCCUCCACAGAGUCUGGGCACACAACCACUAGCACAGGGGUAGGCAACCUUUUGCAGUCAAGAUGUUGUGGACUACAUAGCCCAUGAUGCUCUGCAACCAUUAUCGCUUUAAAAGCAUAAUAGGAGAUGUAGUCCUCGAGAGUGUUCCGGAGUGUGUAAGGUUGCUUCCUCCUGCCUAGCAUCCCAAUGAUGCCUUUCCUUGUCAUUCCUGCAUUUAGCAAGCCUGCUUAGUGGGUUGCAUUGGUCUGUAUUAGAGGUUUGUUUGCUUGAUAAGAGGUAUUCUUAAAAUACACGUUCAGCAAAUAAUUGCAAUGUACCUCUGUAAUGUUUUCAUCUUUUUACAAUUACUGGGUCUGUAGUCUUCCCAGUAUAAGAUUUACUGUGCUAUAUAUUCCAACAUCAAAUUCAAUGUAAUACGUUUAUUUUAUUUACAUGCUAAAACUGGGGUAGGUAACUUUAGGCAUGCCAGAUGUGGACUAAAUCUCCCAUAAUAUUCAUAUAGCCACACUGCUGGCAAAAACUUAUGGAAUAUAUAGUCCACAACAUCUGGUGUGCCUUAGGUUGCCUACCCCUUUGUUAGGGCAUAAGUUAGUGUUAGGAAUUUAGAACACUGAAUCCUCUUGUAAAGGGGAAAAAAAAUAGCAAAUUCUAUCAACUUUUAAACUGCCGUUGUCUUAUUUUCCAUAUUUUUUUUUAGCAGACUUGGUUCUACCCAGCAAGAGGAUGGCACCAGAAAUUCUCGCUUUCAUCUGGACCUAUGGUUCUAUUUUACCCUUCAGAACUGGCUUCUUGACUUUGGCCGUCCGAUUGUCAUGGUGAGUGUAGCUGUGCUGUAUUGUAUGUCUAUUGAGCUGGUAAUCAUUGAUCAUUUUUCAAAUCUGUAGAAACUGCAGCUUUUGUCUAUCUGUGAUAAUAAUAAGUUCAUAUUUUACCUGCGAAGUAAGCAGAUUUGUGGGUUGUCUGCCAUUACUUUAAUAAACUUUCUGUUAGUACUUGGUGUACUGUACCUCGUGAUUCUGGUAAAACAUGCAUUUUGUAUAGGUAUUCAUAAUUGUUCAUAUAAUUCAAAUGGGAUUGGAUUCACAUAAUAAAGUUAAAACUAUUGAUAUGCCUGCUUGAUUUUUGUAAAAAAAAAUAAAAUAUAUAUAUAUAUAUAUAUAUAUAUAUAAAUUUUUUGUUUGUGUUAACCUGUAUUAUGUUUGCCUAGUGCUGUGAAAAUGAGUAAUUAAAGUAAUAUUGUGAUUAGAGCGAAAAAAAACCUCACAAGGAGUAAGUGUGUGUGAGAGCGCUUAAAGGGUGUCUAGAAGGUAAUAGCAGCUCUUAACACCCGGGAGGGAAUACCUUUCCCCCUCACCUGUACAUAAAAUCAAACCAGCAAUUAUCAAGAUAAAAUCUUAAUAAAUCAGUGGAGCGCUUGAUAAUAUUUACAUGCAAUAAUUGCUUAGCCCUUAUUAAAUCAAGUGUAGAGAUUCUGAUGUACUUGAAUACAUAAAAAGGGGAAUAAGAACACAGAAAAAAUACUAGUGCAGAUAGUACUGAUAUAUAGAUGGAGUGCAAAAGUAAAUAGGAGAGAGAACUCACAAUUUUCAGAGCCUGGGAAGUAAGGCUCUAUAGAAGCGCAGUGGUGCUCAUAUAGGUGACACCCCACCUUCUUCUCACGGAAUCCUCUCUCAGGAUAAAGCAGAUAAAAGGAGCUUAUAGAGUAGUAUAUUUAAACGCCAUUUAUGUCAAAGGUAUACACCAAAUGGACUCUCUCCUUCUUAAGAGCCUAUUGAUGCCUUGGCUCUAAGGUGGGAACACUUAGUGUCAAUUUCUAGGGGUGACACUAGUAUUUUUUUUCUGUGUUCUUAUUCUCCUUUUUAUGUAUUCAAGUACAUCAGAAUCUCUACACUUGAUUUAAUAAGGGCUAAGCAAUUAUUGCUUGUAAAUAUUAAGCACUCCACCCAUUUGUUAAGAUUUUAAUUGGAUAAUUGCUUGUUUAAUAUUGUGAUUACACUGCACAAAAUAUAUGUCAAUAAAAGGACUAUCCGCAUCUUUAUCUGUUCUUUUUUGCACAACAGCCAAUUGGUGAAUAGUGGUGACUUUAGUGAUGGGUUAAAUGUCACCAAUUUAAUCUGAAAUCUGUUAAUUGGCUUUUCUUGGACUCCUGCUCAGUGUCCAUUAGAUACAUGUUCCAAAAUACACCUUUUUAGAAUAUUUUCUGCAAUGCACGGUCAGGCUGAGCAGGGACAGAGGGUGGAAAUUUACGUACACCUUAUCUUGCCAGGUAAAUGAGACUGUGUGUACUAUUCCCUAGGUCAUUGUAUACAUGUCUACUAUAGAACAGAUAUGAGCAGUUACAUCUGCUAGUUUGAGAUAGGAACAGAUCUUUAUUCUCCAAACACGGAGCCGCUGAAUUGACAACCAACCUUUAGUCCACACUAGAAAAGGAAGGCACACUCUUAUAAACGACAAUAGGGUGCUCUUGAACAAGGGCUGACAAUCAUUCAGUGUCAUGUAGUCAAAAGAAAAAGGUGGUUGGGGCACUCCCGUCAAUUUUUAGCAGCUUUAUUGGACAUAAACAGGCAUUGCAAUGUUUCAGCUCACAACAGGUCCUAUGUCAAACUGACAAAGCUUGACAAAAGCCCUGUUGUGGGCCGAAACAUUGCAAUGCCUAUUCAUGUCCAAUAAAGCUGCUUGGACCACCUUUUUCUUUUGACUAUGUGACAUUGAGGGAUUGCCAGCCCCUGUCCAGAAGCACCCUAUUACUGUUUAUAAGAGUGUGGCUACCUUUUCUUUUGAUUACAUAACCACUAACUUGUAAACUACUUCAAAUGCUGUGUUGUGUAUAAAUUUAAAAAAAAAUAAAAAUGUAAAACCCAAAUCUGAUGAACUGGAUAUUUUUACAUCCACCCCAUCUAAUAUUCGCUCAUAAUACAUUAAUACGUAUUCACUAAACACCAAAUUGUAGUCAGCUGAAAAUCAAAUUGCAAAAUGGCGGCAAAAAACAUUGGUUUGGAAAACAAAUUCUGUAACUUUGCACACUUUUUUUAAAAAUUAUUUAUUUAUAUAUAUAUAUAUAUAUAUAUAUAUAUAUAUAUAUAUAUAUAUAUAUAUAUAUAUAUAUAUAUAUAUAUAUAUAUAUAUAUAUAAAAAAUUUAUUUUGUCUUGUAUCUACAAUUUAUUCUUUAGUUAAUCAAUGCCUGUGAGUAGUACUCUAACAUGGCUAUUUAGUUAAGUUAGAAUUGUCAGGUAAUCAAAGUGAAUUUCAAAUUUAAGGCCAAAAUAGCUUCACUGGAAAUAUAGCUGAACUGGACAUUUUUCUUAUUUUUGGCCUCAACUUUGAAAUUCACAUUACAUUCCUGACCAUUCUCACUUUGGUGAAAUAACCUGUCAUGCUAAUCUAUAAAGCAUGAUUAUAAUAAAGCUGCACUUAAGGUUAUUUGUUUAAACACACCAAAAAGUAGCGAAUAUUUAUUCAGCUUUUUCCGUGUCUCUCUCAGUUCCAUAGUUCCAGGUAAGGUCUUACAGACCGGUUUAAAUUGUGUUAACAUUAUGACUGCCGCUGCACAUUGAUAUUGCACUUUGAUGUUACUAAUUAAAAUUGCAUUUAACUGGCCACUUCAUUUCCAGCUUCUCCUCCCACUGGACUGGUUCCCACUGAAUAAACCCAGCGCUGGAGACUAUUUCCAUAUGGCUUAUAAUAUCAUAACUCCACUGCUUCUCUUGAAGGUAAAACCAGGACAAUUUCCAGACUGAGUCACACAGCGUUUUACACAGGGUCUGUUCAUAAACAUUCUCUCUGGAAUCUUGCAAAGUUAUAACUACUGGUCCAUGUGGCUACCCCCUAAGAGUAUGUGUCCUAUCUUAUCCUUCUCAAUCUACCUGUUGCAUUUGAUUCCAAUGACCAUACCAUUACUCUCUAGGGUAUUUCAUUAUGUUUCUUUUUGUGAUUUGGCUUGAGUCUGGAUCCUACGUUCUCGAUUCUCUAAUGUUGGAUAUCCCAGCUACCUAGCAGAUGUACCCAUUAGUUUUGUUCUACUUCCUUUUCUCUUUAUUUUGCAUACCCUUUCCAUGGAGCUACUUAUAAAGUCUUCCUGCUCCUGUCUCUAUGUAAAUUGCAUUGCUACUAGCAUACAAGCGUACAAGAUACUGUGGCAUGUAUUAAAAUGUGUUUUGUUUUUUUUACUUUUCUAAUUGUUGAUUGAAGCCUAGUAAUAGUCAUAGACUGAGCAGCUUUAUCCUUCUUCCUAAAUUCCCUAUUUAUCUGCUUAAUAUAAGUGAAGUGUGGUAAUGGCUCACUGACAAAGAGUAACUUUGAAUUCUUCCCUUUAUUUCACUUGCAACAACGGAACAUAAACAAAUUCGUGCCGUUUGCUUUGUAAAGUUGAAAAACAUGCCACUUUUCUACAAAAACAUCUAUGCUUGCGUUUAUUAUUUCCCACUAGAACUGUUGCAGUUGCAGCCUUUUAUAAUCUGCCAUGUAUACCAGAGCUGCUUUUACAUUUACUCGAUAAUUGCAUGUUAAGUAGCAUUAAAUUUAAUAAUUAUACUGUAUUUACCGUGGGGAAAAGUCUGGUGUUCAUUAUUUAAAUUUUAUUUAUUUUUUUACCAAUAAUGAAAUCUGUACCUGGCAUAACACCCUUUUGGUAUAUCUUUACUGUUUGUGUCUUUCAGCUGAUAGACCGUUCUCCCAAAACACUUCCUAACUCCGUCAUCUAUGUCAGUAUCAUAACGUUUGUGAUGGGAGCAAGUAUUCAUCUAGUAGGGGACUCGGUCAACCACAGACUGAUCUUCAGCGGAUACCAGCUUCACUUGUCUGUGCGUGAUAAUCCAAUCAUGCAGAACCUGCAGCCAUCUUCCUUGGUGAGCCACAAAUAUCCUUUGCAUACAUGCUCCAUGAGGAUAGAGCAGAGUGUAUUGGUAGCUUUGGGGGCUAUGCUAAAUCCACAAGUAAAGCGAGAGGCCAUGCUUAUAGGCACAGCCCUCAAUAUAAGAGAUGUGCUCAAAAUAUCCUGCAGUGUUUAAAUUUAACUUAAACUUAUGUCUUCUCAUGAUUCAGUAUUAUCGUUCUGUAGGCAAGAUGCCUAUAUAAUAAAAACAUGUGUAGAUGCAUUUAAGAGACACUGUCACCUUCUUUGGUGAUUGUACUUUUGCUGCCCAGUUAAUACAUUUUGAAGUGGUCAUUUGGUUGGGAUAUGGGUAUUUUUCUAUGAUGUGUACAGAUAUCUUCACAAGACCUGCAGAUGACCUAUUUUUAUUGAUAUCUGUCAGGUGUUUUUUUUUCACUGAUAUUGCCCUUGGUCACUCCUACAUCUUCUCUGUCACAGGUUGAUUCGUUUGAGUUGCUGUAUUACUAUGAUGAGUAUGUCGGACAUUCCAUGUGGUAAGCACUUCGUCUCCAUUCUGAGUAGUUAGUGGGAUUUCUUCUACCUUCAUAGAUGUCAUGAAGCCAUCUAAUGUCAUAAUACUGAUUGUCUUUGAUUCUGUGUGAUUAUGUUAGCUAGUGAAAAAUUGGGUGUCAUUUGUUUAAUAUGUUUAGGAUCAAAAACAAAACUAGUUCAAAUACUUCAAGUCUUCAAUUUUAAAUGCGAAUAAAAAGACAAAAACAUACUUUUAAGGGAUUGUUGUUCCUACUUUUCAACAUUGCUAAAAGCUGUAAUGUCACAUGAUGGCUGGCUUUGCAGUGUGUGUGUGUGUGUGUGUGGGGGGUUUUUUUUUUUUUUUUGUACUGUUUUAUUACCUUUCAUGAUAUGAGCUCUACCAUCAUGGUUUGUAAAAUCCUAAAACUCUUCUCUUGUCUCAGGUAUAUUCCAUUUUUUCUUAUCCUAUUCAUCUACUUUACUGGCUGUUUCACAAACUCAAGGAAGGAGAGCAGUAUGCCACUAUCAGCCUGGACCUUACUCUUACCAAGCAGUCUCUACUAUUGGUUAGUAUUACGGAGUAUGGGAUUCUGCGCUAAGUGCUCCGUUUUUUCAUCUCCAUAAAACAUUGAUUUAUCUUUUUGAGUAGAAUUAAAUGUGAAUUGUUUUAAUACUAAUAUUAUUAUCAGGGAUUUAUUCACUAUAAAUUGUCUUGAAUGACCUAGCUGUGACUGGGGCCGAUAUGGAGUAAUUUCUCUAAUUAACUAUUUCAACCUAAAUGUCACAAUAUAGUUUUCCACUUACUGCUUUGCAGUGUUUGGUGAGUGUAUGGAAACCUGGUUUGAGAAUUGUUUUAUCAGCUCCUUCCUUAAUAUAGAGAAAUAUAGCAGCCAUUAUACCUUUUUUGUAUAGCUAGAAUACAGGCCUGUGUGAUCAUAAUCUGCAUGCACAUAAUACAUUUCUGUAUUUCUGCUCUAGAUUGUGUAAUAGAGCCCACCUUUUUAAUGAAUGUUCUUUACCACGUACAGGUAUCUGGUUACAGAGGGGCAGAUCUUCAUCAUAUUUAUUUUCACAUUUUUUGCCAUGCUGGCAAUUAUCCUUAACAAGAAGCGCAAGGGUUUAUACCUGGACAGUAAUGGCCUCUUCCUGCUCUUUUCCUUCUCGACCGCUCUGCUUCUGAUUGCUGCGUGGAUCAUAUGGCUCUGGAAUGACAAAGUUCUGCGCAAAAAAUACCCUGGUGUGAUCUAUAUCCCAGAGCCAUGGGCAUAUUAUACUCUUCACAUCAAUAGCUUCCACUGAAAAGAAUUCCAGUUUGCCCAGCGCUUUGUAACUAAUUGUGAAGAGCUAGCCAUUGACUUUACUUAUCGUUUCUCUGUCCCUGUUUUAACCAGCAGAGAAGCAGGACUUUCCCAUCAGAAUCACUCUCUUCCUUAAACCUUCACUGAACUGGUUACUUGCUUUUUUUUAAAACAUUUUUUUUUUUUUUUAUGUAAGAUAUCUAUUUUACUAUAUUUUAUUUGGUCAAAGCUGUAAUGUGUCAUUAGCAAUACAUAUGCUACUUUCUAGUAGCUCGCCUUAAGAGUGAAUAUUGUUCAAAAAAAAUAAAAUAAGCUUUAGAAAAACCAAAACCUUGUCAAUGGAUUGGUUAAGGGACAGUACUGUGUAUAUCUGUGGCUGCAUAGACCAGGUGAAGGGCAGUACAUUACAAAAUAACAGUAUAAGUUGCAGCACAAACACACCUCUCUACAGUCUACUGCUGUCAAUGUUUUGUUUGCUUUAAUUUAUUACAGAUUAUGUCAUUGCAGGAUCGCACCUUCUCCUGUUUCAUUGCCCUAGAAUCGAUGAGUCCUUUACGUAUUCUUGGUAUUAUAGCUUAUAGAAGGUCAGAGUAGUGGGAGUAAACCUAUAAGACGCCAUGUGAAAGUUUAAUUCUUCUAUUUAAAUGGUAAAAAACAAUGUUGCGGGGAAGAUUCUACAAUGUAUUUGAAAUGUGCCGUUGAAGAGGCGUGG